AACACUGCCCUCCCCGUGCGCGGAGCCGCCCUCUCCCCUCCUUCCCGCGAGCACCGCCGCCUCCCCUGACACCGCCGCCGCCUCGCCCGACGCUCCGCACACUGCCGCGGCGGCCCGGGGGGGAGGGGGCGGUGCGCCGAGCGUGCGCGCCCGGGGCGCCAGAUGUGCGGUCGCCGCCGCUAGCGACCCAGCGGCAGCCGGAGCCAGGUCGGGCUGUCUCGGCAAUGCUGCGGGGGCGACCUUGAACGCACCCUGGUUUCCCUCAGCGCAGCGGGGACCGCGCCGAGCCCCUGUGCCGGGUCCUGCCCUCUCCAGCCCGGCUCGCCCCGCGCUCGGACAUGGAAGGGGCGGCGGUGCCCGAGGCAGGGGAUGGCCCUGGUGUGGAGCCGGGGCCGCCGGGCUCUCUUCGGGAGGCGGUGGCCGGGGCGACUGCAGCCCCAGCGGAGCCCAGGAAGCCUCACGGGGUGAAACGACAUCACCACAAGCACAACUUGAAGCAUCGCUAUGAGCUGCAGGAGACCCUGGGCAAAGGCACCUACGGCAAAGUCAAGAGAGCCACCGAGAGGUUUUCAGGCCGAGUGGUCGCUAUAAAAUCCAUCCGUAAGGACAAAAUUAAGGAUGAACUAGACAUGGUUCACAUCAGACGAGAAAUUGAGAUCAUGUCAUCUCUCAGCCAUCCUCAUAUCGUCACUAUUUAUGAAGUGUUUGAGAACAAAGAUAAGAUUGUGAUCAUCAUGGAAUAUGCCAGCAAAGGAGAACUGUAUGACUACAUCAGCGAGCGGAGACGCCUCAGCGAGAGGGAGACCAGACACUUCUUCAGGCAGAUCGUGUCUGCUGUGCACUAUUGUCACAAGAACGGCGUGGUCCACCGGGACUUGAAGCUGGAGAAUAUACUGCUUGAUGACAACUGCAACAUUAAGAUCGCUGACUUUGGGCUUUCGAACCUGUACCAGAAGGACAAGUUCCUGCAGACAUUUUGUGGGAGCCCACUCUAUGCAUCUCCUGAGAUUGUCAAUGGGAGGCCUUACCGAGGGCCAGAGGUGGACAGCUGGGCCUUGGGUGUCCUGCUUUACACUCUCAUUUAUGGAACGAUGCCCUUCGAUGGCUUUGAUCACAAAAACCUCAUUCGACAGAUCAGCAGUGGAGAAUACCGGGAGCCUACACAGCCCUCAGAUGCGCGAGGACUCAUCCGGUGGAUGCUGAUGGUAAACCCUGAGCGCAGGGCCACCAUCGAGGACAUCGCCAACCACUGGUGGGUGAACUGGGGUUACAAGAGCAGCGUCUGUGACUGUGAUGCCCUUCCUGACUCCGAGUCUCCACUCUUGGCGCGGAUCAUUGAUUGGCACCAUCGUUCCACUGGGCUGCAGGCUGAGGCUGAAGCCAAGAUGAAGGGUCUGGCCAAACCCGGAGCCUCUGACGUUGUGCUGGAGCGGCAGCGGUCACUGAAGAAGUCCAAGAAAGAGAAUGACUUACCCCCGUCUGCCCAGGACUCCGUACCUGAAAGCCCAUCCAAGCUGAGUUCCAAGAGACCCAAGGGCAUCUUGAAGAAGCGAAGCAACAGUGAGCAUCGCUCUCACAGCACUGGCUUCAUAGAAGGCAUCGUGGGCCCUGCCUUACCCUCUCCUUUCAAAAUGGAGCAAGAUUUGUGCCGGACUGGCAUUGCCCUCCCCAGUUCCCCUGAGGCAGAUUUGUCAGGGAAGCUCAGCCUCAAACAGUCAGCCACGAUGCCCAAGAAAGGCAUCUUGAAAAAGACCCAGCAGAGAGAAUCUGGGUACUACUCAUCCCCUGAGCGCAGCGAGUCUUCAGAGCUGCUGGACAGUAAUGACGUCAUCGUCGGCAGUGGCCUCUCUCCCCCUCCCCCAGACGAAGCCAGGGGAACUUCCCACAGCCUGUCCUGCCGCAGGAAGGGCAUCUUGAAACACAGCAGCAGGUACUCGGAUGGUGCCACAGACCCUGCCAUUGCUGGCUCCGAAAUGCCCACACUGGAAUCCUUGUCAGCUCCUGGUGUCCCCUCUGAGGGCGUCUCUCGGAGCUACAGCCGCCCGUCCAGCGUCAUCAGCGAUGACAGUGUCCUGUCCAGCGACUCCUUUGACUUGUUAGAUCUACAGGAGAAUCGUCCGGCCCGCCAGCGCAUCCGCAGCUGUGUCUCUGCUGAGAACUUUCUCCAGCUUCAGGACUUUGAGACACCACACAGCCGGCCCCGGCCCCAGUACCUGAAGCGGUACCGGAACCGGCUGGCAGACAGCAGCUUCUCCCUCCUCACAGAUAUGGAUGACGUGACUCAGGUGUAUAAGAAAGCGCUGGAGAUCUGCAGCAAGCUCAACUAGCCCCUCAGGGCGCAGAGGGCGGGGCAGGCGGGGCGGGGGCGGGGGUCCAAGGGAGGAGGGAAACAGCAGCUUCAGGCUGGUUACCUCUUGGCUAGCCGAUACCCGGUCAGGUCUGGCCCAGCCAGUGUUUGGAGCCUUGACUCGGAAAUGGUUCUUUACCAGUUCUGCCAGCUGUCAGUCAGAAUGUGGGUCCUAACUGGCAUUCCCAUGUGGCAUCUCACAUAGGAUUGGCUCUCCAGGGAAGAUGAUGUCAGCCACCGUGAAGUGGGAGAGGGCACUGUGGGGGAGAGGGUGUGUCCCUAGAGGUCAUCUAGGCAUUUCUGGAGGAGGGGCAGGAAUACUGAGGACAUCUGCUUUGGAAGAAUACCUUAGCAAGCCUAGUCUGCCUGCAGAUGCCAGCAAGAUCGCAGCACCCUGAGCUUGACUUGGUGAUCAGUUAGCAUCUGCACUGUAUGCUGAUUGAGUGGCCUAGGCACAACACCCGCUGCUGUGAUGUGUACCAGUAACUGCUCGUGGCGUCAGGACUGUUGGGAACAGCAUGGCUGCCAGGACCAAGUCCUGGGAGUGGGUCACAGCACCGUGGUGCCUGCUGACUCCUUCAUGGCCCGGCAUGGCAUUUGUUCAUUUGCUCCUGAACCUUGAGUAGAAGACAGAGGGACUUGCUUAGGCAGCAGUUGCUUUCAGCUCUGCUAAGGACGCAGUCAGGCGCUGCUAAGUUUGGCUUCCCAGGGUCUGCCCCCGCUUCCCUGUUUUGGCCUCACCUGAAGGUGGGCAAGGAGAAAGGGAAAUUGAGAGGCCAGGGUGUUGUGAAUGGCAGGGCAAAGAGCCUCUGCAGUCUUUGCACAGUUCGAUGGAAGGUGAGACACGCCCGCGGCAAGACGUUUCACCUUCUUUCAUGUCUCAGUGUUAACUGGAACGCUGCUGCCCCUUGGCUUCUCACCUGCAGGAACGCUUUCAUUGGAUGUGAUGCUCUGGGGGAGCCACUGGCCAAUCCAUCCACAAGUAUGGAACCUUAACAGUAGAUGGGUUGCUUCUAGGGAGCUAGCGUGUGUGUAGGUGGGUGUGUGGAUGGGGAAAGUGUGGUUUGAUAGAAGCUGCUUGGCUUCUCCUAACCUAAAUGUUCUGUCUCAUGGUUUUGAUCUCCUGCACUUUGGGGAGAAACAAAUUCCAUCCAUCCAUGGCACAAGAUGUUGACAGAGAAGAGUGUUGGGGAGAAGCUUAGGGACAUUGCUUUAGGAGUCAUCCAGAUGGCGUUGGAGGAGGCAAAAAGGGGUGUGCCGGGAUGCUUAAAAAUGGUCAAGCUAGUUAUCUAAUCUCCCAACACUAAAAUUACGAUGACGUCAUCCCACGGUGGACAUCCUGGGGCUGAAGUGGUCUUUUGGGGCUGACCUGGGAACCCACUGGGUUGGGCAAAUGAGAAGCCUAAUUCUAAGGUGGCUGCCUCCUGAUAGCCUCCCAGAGAGAGGGUGGGGGAGGACGCAUCUUGGGAAGUUUUAGGAACAGCACACCACUGAGAAAAGUUGUCAGGAAGAUGCCGCCCUAUGUUUCUGGGGUUUUCGUCUCUGUGUGCCCCCACCCCCAUGGAAGGCCUGUGCUUCCUUUGGGUUGAGCUGGGCAGAGUACUGGGGGAGCCGCUUGGGUUCCUUCCGUUCAGUUUCACCUCCUUCCUGAAUUCUGGUGGGGGCUGAAAGGGAGAAGAAUCUGUAGGUAGAGAAGUGGGUUUGAGGGUUUGGGGUGCAGAGAGGGCAGCAUGCAGCAUCCAAUCCCCCAUCUCCUUCCCUCCCACUCUGCACAGCUGGCUGCUGAGUGUGGGACUGGUCUAAGGUACAUCAGCCAUUACUGCUUGGUGGGAUGUGUCUGUUUAGGAUUUCCCAUCGUUCUAAUGUCUCCAUUAGGAAAACCAUUCUCUGCCUUCUCUUCUCUCUUUUGUCAGCACUCUAUGGAAAAGCCGAUGCUUCCCACCCAUUCCAGGGCAGCAGUCCAGGACUGCCGUUAGCUCUGGUAGUGUCAGGCCCCUGCCGUGGUGUGAGAUAGAGCUGCUUCCUGCCUUUGGAAGCUGGAAAAGUGGGUGGCUGGUUUCCCAAGGCCAGACUCGAUUCUGACACCUGCUUCUCAGUGAGAUGCUGACUGUCCCUGCGAGGAAAAGUUAGAAUAGAGGAGAGCCCUAAAAAGCAGCAUCCCGAUUAAGUGCUGUUACCUACAAGCCAAUCCCCAGCCAAAGAAGGAGUGCCUGAUUCAUUUCCAUGGAGUCACCGGUGAGAGACACUCUGAUGACCCGGUGGUCAGAACGGGGAGACUGCUGCCAGCUCUCCUGGUCCUUUCUUUGCCCUGGGGCCCUCCCAUUGUCCUCGUUUACACAUCCGCCAAGGGGUGGAGCUGUACUUCGUUUUACAGGUAAAUUUCAAGGCACAAUCAGUUUUUAGGAAAGUGCUUCAAGACCUUGGUGACAUGACCGUACUAAAUUCCCUCUGGAUUUGGUCUCUGCUGCCAGGGGUUCUUUACCAAAUGAGCUGAGCGCUCUGCAGGGUGAAAUUCAGGCAUGAUUUGCCCAGGCCUGCUGUCUUGAGUACAAAUGUGAAUGACGGGACUCACUGCUUGCUGCCAAACUGGAACUGUUCUGUGGGGAUUUACUGGCAUGGUAUCAUUCCUAGGAGGAAGAAGAAAAAAAGAAAAAGGAAAAAAAGGAAGGGAAAGGAAAGUGAGAAAACUUGACUGCACAUUUUUUAAAUCCAUGUUGUGACUUUUAUUUAAUUUCUAUAUUUUUGGUAAUAAAAGGUUGAUUUUAAUUUGAAUUUGUCGUUUUUUAUUUAUUGGUCUAAAAGGCAUUUCAAAGGUAUUAUAAUAAUAUAUUGGUGUAAUUUAAUUGGUGCAGCGUGGCUUUAAGGCUCCAGUCAAAGCUGGUUUUCUCUUUUGACUGGUUUGAGAACAGCCUACAGGGAGAGGGAAAGAAAAGCUGGCUAAUUACCCAAAGUGUUCAUUUCUCAUUGGAAUCGAUUUCUGUCAUUUUCGUUUCUGUUUUUAUUUUUAAAUUAAAUAAAUUGCAAUGAACUGAA